UGGUGGAGGACUUUUAUUCUGAAGGCGAACCCGGAUGUGAUGGUGUGGUUCCGGUUCGGUCGUCGCUGAGCUGGAUGAGGAGUGGACCAGGUCUGUGUGGGUCUUGAGUGUUGUUGACGGAAUAAUCGGUGAUGCGGGUCCGUGCGGGUCCGUGCGGGUCCUUGCUGGUCUGCCUGACCCUGCUGGUGUCUGCGCUCCCCCCUCUGGUCGCCUGGGACGCGGAUCUGGAGCUGCUGGACCUGGUGGAGGAGAUCCCGCAGACCUUCUAUCAGUUCCUGUCUUUGGACCAGGACGCGUCGUCUUCAGAGAUAAAGAAAGCGUAUCGUCGACUUUCUCUCUCCCUUCAUCCUGAUAAGAACAAAGAUGAAGACGCUGAGAGUCAGUUCAGACAGCUCGUGGCGAUUUACGAAGUUUUAAAGGACGACGAGAGACGACAGAG